CUAAACGAGUUCUAUUCCGUUCCAAGAGUUCCAGUAUCAAAUUCCACUUUCCAGAUUUGUGUGCUUGAUGUUGAUCAGAGACCCUGAUGGUCAGGGAUUGCUCGCAAAAUAGUGAGUAUGAGGUUAGCGUUGCACCCUAUGCUGUACUUGUAUGAUCCCACGCCAAGUUUUUAUAUGCAGUUGGCGUUCGGUCUUCAAACUUUCUUGGACACCUCGCGUCGCCAAGGCCUGCACACUGUAUGCUUACGCGCCUAAGCACUAAGCCUCUCAUCCUUCCCGUGUAGCUUAGCAGGCUUAUCUGUUUAGUUGCCUUUUAGCUUGGCAGUGCGACUUACACGAACCCGCCUGAAUGUGCCGCUUGCUCGUCCCGGUCCGGCAGCCGAGUGCUAAUACAAGUUAACGAUUCUGUUUCGUAUAUCACGUAAUAAAUACCGACUUGGCAAAGAAAGACAUCACUUGAUAGGAAACUAGGUAAUUACCUUGACGUGACUCGUAACAGAACUUUACAUGCACCGGAAUCAUGACGCCCACAGAACAAACUACCGUUCGCGUGCGCAUCAUCGAUACAACAUCCUAUAUCGACAAUCUUCCAGCAGCCCCAUUUUUGUCUCCUCAAUUUCCCGGCCUGGAGACGUUGUCGGGCCCCAGCUUUUCAUUUUUAAUCGAACAUCCCUCCACCCGAUCGCUCCUAUUCGAUCUUGGCAUCAGAAAUGAUUGGAAGAACUUGGCUCCCGUGACUACCCGACGAAUUGAGGCUAUGAAAAUUACUCCGCGAGUCAAGAAAGGUGUACGACAGCAAUUGGAAGAGCAUGGCAUAGACGCGUCUAGAAUCGAAGGUAUUAUAUGGAGCCACUGGCAUUGGGAUCAUACCGGAGACCCAAGCACUUUCGAAAAGAGCACCGCUCUUAUUGUCGGACCCGGUUUUGUAGACAACUUUUUGCCAGGAUACCCUGCCGACGAGAAUGGGCGCAUACUUGAAAGCGACUACGAAGGGCGCGAGAUCAGAGAGAUUGCUUUCGAUCAAAAUCUCAAGAUUGGAAGCUUUGAUGCCUUUGAUUACUUUGGCGACGGCUCUUUCUAUCUCUUGGACAGCCCUGGGCAUGCUAUAGGUCACAUGUGUGGUUUGGCCAGGGUCACCUCCUCUCCAAACUCUUUCAUACUCAUGGGUGGUGAUAUUGCUCAUCACGCUGGACAGUUUCGACCAUCUGCUCAAAAUCCUUUGCCUUCGACAAUAUCCCCAGAUCCUUUCGAUACGAACAGCAUUGCAGCAUGUCCUGGAGAGUUAUUUGAACAUCUUCUUCCGGAAAAAGACACGACCAAGCCAUUUUUCAUAGUCGCCAGACCUGAGACUGGACCUAGGGUGGCUCACAAUAUUGAAGCAGCAGAUGCUUCAAUAGUCAAGCUGCAAGAAAUGGACGGACUAGAAGAAGUUUUGGUUGUAAUUGCACAUGACUCUAGCUUGCUUUCUGUCAUAGACGUGUUCCCGCAAUACGCUGACGAGUUUUUAGGGAAAGGUUGGGCAAAAGCGGGGAAAUGGUUAUUCUUGAAGGAUUUUGCGAGUGCUCUCAAACACCUAGAUACAUAA